UUCUGGAGUUUGAUAUACUUCGCUGCAAUAACACCUGUAGGUGCGGCAUCUGAAGCAUUUUAUGAUAUCAGCGUCGUUUCAGUUGGAUGUGAAAUCCAUAUGCACUGGAGCUUAAGUCAUUACUUUCGAUUCCAAGUAGUAGUACAGAAUGAAUUUGACGCGAAAUUUUUAUUCAGCCUUGAAACAACUGCCCAUAGCUUCAUAUUUAAUGAUGCAGAACCGACUCAUACUUACAUAAUAAAAUGGGUACCUCUAGACAAACAGAGAAGUCGAGUUACACAUCUUCGGGAAGAGAAAAAUGUCACAAUCCAUAAGGACUGUAUGAUUACACCUUCGUCAACUAAAAAAGUGACAAUUUCAGAUCAUGAUUCUCUGUCAACGUCAACAAAGCCUACAUCAACAUCAUUCGAGUCCGAACAAGAAGACUACCGCAUUGUAGGCACUGCCAGUAGUACAACAUUGCUUCCUGACUCUGGAAAUGAACUUUUCAGUACAGGAAUAGCACAAGAUGGUAACAUUUUCAUACAGAAAAGGGCAAAUGUCAAUGUGAAAUCAACAUGCUAUUCCAAUGAUGGUGCAAAUGAAUACGAUGAAGUCGGUUAUUGCCUAGCACAAUAUAUUGAAGUUUGAAAAUUAAACAAUUCCCACGACUAAAAAACACUUUGUACUCUUAUU